UUCCCUUCCUCUGUUCGAGUUACUACGAUGAUGCCUUCUCUGAUCUUCAAUCCUAUGUCAUUUCAUCUCCACCACCCAACACCUUCUGUCCAGAUUAUCCACCGACCUUUGAAGCCCCCGCCGGCUCUCCGAUCAGUUAUCCCGGUGAGGAGCUUCGCUUCCGCGCCAGGUUUUGACCUCAAAGCUGGGAAAGGAAUGGGUGGGUUCUUUGAUGUUGAACUUAAAGUCCGUGAUUAUGAACUGGAUCAGUAUGGAGUGGUCAACAAUGCUGUUUAUGCAAGUUAUUGCCAACAUAGUCGUCAUGAACUCUUAGAAAGCAUUGGUAUUAGUGCUGAUGCUGUGGCCCGUAGCGGUGAUGCAUUGGCACUGUCAGAAUUGUCACUUAAAUUCCUUGCUCCUCUAAGAAGUGGAGAUAAAUUUGUUGUAAGGGUUAGAAUUUCGGGUUCUUCAGCUGCUCGAUUGUACUUUGAUCAUUUCAUCUUCAAGCUGCCAAGCCUAGAGCCUAUUUUGGAAGCCAAGGGUACUGCUGUGUGGCUUGACAAAAAUUACCGUCCUGUUCGUAUUCCAUCAGAGAUGAAGUCUAAAUUUGUGCAAUUUCUUCGUAAUGAGGACUCUUAGAUUAAUUCUGCUUCCAAAAACAAUAUUAAUGACGGCAUUUUUAUUAUGAAAAUAUUCAGGAAGAUAAUUAGUGGUAUGCAUCACUUCGAUUCCUCCUGGGGAUUGGGAAGAGAAUGUGAUGGCUGAUGGCUCUAUGAUACAAGUCCAGCAAACCGAUCUCAAAAAAUAUAAAAUAUCCGAGAUGCACAGUACUAAACCAAUAUAUCUGAAGUAUUUUACGUGUCGAUUGAUUGAUGUAUAUCCAUGAAGGCCACUGCCAAUGCAUCCAUUGGUAUAGAAAUUUGAAGAGAACAAAAAAUGUGUUUUUCCCUUUUUCUGAAUCCUUAAAUGCUCAUCAGUUGCCGUAGUCUUUUACUUGGGCGGAAGAAAUUAGAGGUUUUGAGUGUUGUGGCUGGUCCCUUUACUCUGUACCUGGUUUGUUUUGGUGAUACUUGAGAACUUCUUCUGGUGGAGAGUAAUAGCAAGUUGUUCUGUCAUGAGCUCCAAGACGAAUGAAGUAGCAGUUUUGGAAAUUUAAACUUCCUGAUGAUCAAACUCAAAUGAAGUGCUUUUUAGCUGUUGAUUAAUGUAGUUCCAAACUGGUUGUAGUGGUUACUUCUUAUUCUUACUAUCUCCAGUUCUAAUUAUAAGAUCUUGUUUGUAGAUUACAAACGAGGUCUUAUAAUUAGGACUGGAGGUAGUAUUAAGGCUUCUUUAGUUUAUAUAUAUGAAGUUCAUUUACCAAGUAACCGAUGUAUGAUGAAUUUUUUCAAAAAUCUGGAAUUAAAACAUAUGAUUGAAA